GGGACGCGGAAACGCCUUGGAGUGGGACCGCACGCAGAGCGUUCCGUCUUCGCAGGGAUGCAUCCGAGUGCGCUCGUCCCCUUCGUUCCAUCCUGUAGCGACCGUCUCGAGGAAACGAGGAAGAGACUCGGGCCGUCACCGGCGUGCGACGCCGGGAAGAACGUCGGGGACUCGGAAGAUGGAUCUCGUCGCGAUCCGUGCGUCCGUUCCCGGAACGGAUCCCCGGUGCUCCUCGCGAGAUCUCCUCGGGCGACUCUCCUUCGUCUCUUUCCGGCCGCGAUCCUAAACGACUCUCCCGUCGCAUCCGUGUCGAUCGCCGACCCUGCUCCCAGGAGGAAGCAACCAGGGCGAUCCGCACCGGCGACCUCGUUCGAACGGGAAGAAGGUCGAUUCGACCGAUCGAUGUCGUUCGUCCGUCGGUCGAAUCCUUUUUCGAGACGAGUCCGCGUCGUGAAGGCACGUGUUUCCUCUUCAGCGGUGGAGGGAACGAUCCCGGGGACGAGGACGCCGCAGGAACCGACGGAGAUCCGGUUGAAGAUCGCGAGACCCGCGCUGCCGUGCGACGGAGGGACCGAAGGAGAGGAUCCACCGUUCGCCGAAGAAGAAGAUCGCCGCGCCGUGUUCGUCCCGGAGACGAGGUUCCGUCUGCCGCAUCUCCGACGAGACGCCGUCGAGACGAAAGAUCUCUUCUCUCGAAGAGCAGGAAAUCCCAUGCCGAAGCCUGCUUUCGACCUUCGAACCGAUCGCACGAUCUGCGAGGCCUUCGAAGGGAAACGGAGAGGAGGGAGCUUCUCCUUCGGCGAGACAAAGAGCGAGAGGAACUCGCCGAGUUACGAUGACUCGCGGAGUUCUUGCAUGCAUUAUCAUUGGGUCGACCGAGCGAGGGUCUGCGAGGAGUUUUCCUAA